GGCUGAACUUUUAUAGAAUAACUUUAUCUAGACAUAUUUGGUAGCUGCGACCAGUCGAGGCACAGCGAAAGACGUCUUCUCACCAGCUUUCUAUUUAAUUCGUCUUUUUAUUGUAAAGCGGUUUAUGUUUUCCUGGGGAUCAACAACAAACAUGCUAACGAGACCUGCUUCGGUUUGUGCACAAUGGGUCGUCGCAAGUCCAAAAGAAAGCCCCCUCCGAAGAAGAAGAUGACGGGAGAUCUGGAUUCUCAGUUCACUUGCCCGUUCUGCAACCACGAGAAGUCGUGUGAUGUUAAAAUGGAGAGGAGCAGAAAUACUGGGAUAAUAUCAUGCACCGUCUGCUUGGAGGAGUUCCAGACCCCCAUCACUUAUCUGUCAGAGCCAGUUGACGUGUACAGCGAUUGGAUAGAUGCCUGUGAAGCAGCCAAUCAGUAGCCCUCAUGGAGCUGGAUGUCUUUCAGGAACAGGAUGAGGAUGUGUCUGGCGGUGGUCGUGGGCCCAAUACGAUCAAGCUGGUCGAGGGACAUUUAUGAAUCUCUUUAGCACAAAGUGGCUCUGAAGUGUUCCUGUUGUCUUCUCCAGUUUCUGCUUAAGCCACAACACUAGUUCUGACUGCUGGGAUUGACGACAUCAUUUGUUCUAUUUGUUGUAACCUGAUAUAUCUUAAAACAUUGAGUGUUUUCAAUAUUUUUUUCCUUUUUUGCAGCUCAGGCAAGCUUUUAAACAGUAGCUGUUGAAGAUUGUGAAAUUGUGUUCCUUGAUUUUUAUUUUGUGUUAAACGGCGAGAUAUUGUGAGCUGCACACAUAUAAUUUAAAUACAAGAGGCAUCCCUUUUUGGCUUUUUUUAAAAAUGUGAAAUCAAUAGAACAUAACACUUUUUAAGUAAACAUGAGAGAGUGGUGUGAAUGUGUGGCUCUUAAUAGAAACGGGUUGAAAGCACUCAUUCUCUCUUACAAACUGAGACCAGCAGCAGGACCUCAAUUUCCAGGCUGGCCUUCACAGUCCAGGCAUAAUGUUACGGGUCUCGUUCACAGUAAUUAUUACCCACAGCUCUCCUCAUCCUCAUAAAGAGUUGUGUCACAACAUUAGGUCAUUCCAAUGGAGAGAGGAAUGACUGUGUGUAAGCUUAGCUGCUACAUUCAAAAGUUUUGAAUUGUUCUUAAAUCAUUCUUUUUUUUUUUCCAGUUGAUUGUGCGUUUAUAGCUUACAUGUUCAAGAAAUUAAACAUUUUCAAGAAGUACAAAUGAUGUUUGUUGUUAAGGACAUGAGUACAAAGAAAUGUCAUCUAAUCCAGAAAUCAAGUUACAAUAUUGGGUGUUAUUUUCCUAUGCAACAGUCAUCAGUGUUAAUAGCAACAUUAUGAAUUUGAUCAGUGUGAUCUUGGAAAUAAAAGAGCAAUAAGACUUGAAACCAGGAA